UCAGUCAGUUAGAUCAGUAUUUGGUAGUUGCGAUUUAUAUGCGGAUCUUUACUGUACACUCGGCCGCCGCCAAGAUAAUAUUAUAUACUUAGUACUAAGCCAGUUUCUCGAUUUUCGUGUCGAUUUCUUAAUAGAACAAUCAGCUUUGUCCCAGUUACUAAGUGCCUGAAUUUCUAUACCUUAAAUUAUAAAUGAAGCGUAAAAAAUACUUGCAGUGUUAAGUUGUUAAGUAGAUUUAUUGAAUAUUUUAAUUUACAAAAAUCUGUGCUUUGUCCAUUAAAAAAAAAUUGCAAAAUGAUUGGUCCGGGCGUGGAAGACGUUAAAAUCUCACUACAAAGGUUUGGCUGGCCAGACUAUUUAGUGUUUUUGGUGAUGUUACUUAGCUGUGUUAUGAUUGGAAUUUAUUUCGGUUUUAUUAAAAAGAAACCCAAGAAAACAUCCGAACAAGCAGCAGAUUAUUUAGUUGGUGGACGGACGAUGGCCGUUUUUCCAGUUACAAUGUCGUUGAUUGCAAGUUUCAUUUCGGGGAUAUCACUUCUUGGAACGCCAACAGAAAUCUACGUUUAUGGAGUGCAAUACAUGUUUAUCGUUUUCGGUGUGCUGCUCAUGGGCGUAGUCAUGACGUUUGUCUUUCUGCCAGUGUUCCACGAUCUUCAGCUAACAUCUACGUAUGAAUAUCUGGAAACGCGAUUUGACAGGAAAAUGCGUCUCUUCGGUUCGAUCAUGUUUACGUUCGGCACUAUGGCCUGGUUACCUAUUGUGAUAUAUGUACCUGCAUUGGCUUUCAAUCAAGUUACUGGAAUAAACGUACAUCAGAUUACACCAGUUGUGUGUAUUGUCUGUAUAUUCUAUACGUGUGUCGGAGGUCUAAAGGCAGUUGUGUGGACUGAUGUUGUACAAACUAUAAUGAUGUUCGGUGCCAUUUUUCUGGUGAUGAUCAAAGGUACUCUAGAUGUCGGAGGAGUUGAUGUGGUGUGGGAUCGUGCUGUAAAAGGAGAUAGAAUUGAGGGACCAGACCUAAACUUUGAUCUUAAAUCGAGACAUACGAUUUGGUCUUUACUUUUUGGAGGAUUUGCAUUUUGGUUGAAGAGUAAUGCUGUUAGUCAAAAUAUGAUUCAACGCUAUUUGUCGCUACCGACAUUGGCUUCAGCGAGAAAAGCUUUGUGGAUGUUCAUUACUGGUGUUCUAAUCUUGUUGGCAAUGUGCUGCUACUGUGGACUUCUUAUCUAUGCCACAUAUUACGAGUGUGAUCCACUAACGACCAAGUUAGCCAAAGCAAAAGAUCAGUUGUUGCCGUUGCUAGUCAUGGAUAUUUUAGGAAAUUUUCCAGGUUUACCUGGAUUAUUUGUUGCAGGAGUAUUUAGUGCCGCUUUAAGUUCCUUAUCAACUGGUCUCAACUCCAUGUCAGCCGUUAUGCUCGAAGACUUUUUCAAAACAUUUUCGAAAGUACCGCUGACGGAUAGGCAAACUGCCUACAUAAUGCGUGGCGUCGUGGCAAUCUUUGGUGCGAUAUGUGUCGUUUUGGUGAUAGUCGUAGAGAAGCUAGGAUCUGUACUACAAUUGUCCAUGAGUCUCGGAGCAGUGACGAAUGGUCCGUUGCUCGGUAUCUUUACCAUGGGUGUAAUGUUUCCAUGGGUUCACGGCACCGGUGCAUUGAUCGGAGGUUCGACAGGUCUCGGAAUUAUGGCAUGGAUUUGCGCAAAGGCUCAAGCAGCAAUCGCAACUGGUGAAUUGAAAUUCGUUACAAAACCAGUUAAUACGCUGGGUUGCAGUUACACAUUUAUCGCAUCCGAGCCAUUGAAUAUGCUCGCCAUCAAUACAACCGCAGCUUUUAUUCCAGAAACGUCGACUGAAUCCGAUUUCGAAAUUUAUCAUAUUUCGUAUUUGUGGUAUACGUUACUGGGAGCUACCAUCACAAUCAUUGUAUCGCUGAUAGCAUCGUUUAUCAUCGGAGCUAAUGAUCCGAGAAAAAUUCAUCCGACAUUGUUGGCACCGUUCAUGCGAACGUUAUUAUGGCCGAAUCGGAAAAACUUUAAGCGAGACGAUCCAAUUGGCAUUGAAAAUGAUGGUCCAGUUGAGAGUUGUCUCAAUUUGAAAAAUAUUGAUACGGCAACGAAGGUGGGAUGAGGACAGUAAAUGUUGUAAAUAAUAACACAAGUUAGAGUUCGUGAGCGUUGUUUAUUUAUCAAAUAAAAGUAAUGUAGAAGUUGAACACU